UGGGACUCAUGUGUCGCGCAUGCGCUUCUUUUGCGUGAUUCAAGAUGGCGGGGGAUAUUCCCGAGAACGACGAAACGGUCGGAUGGUCGCACAGCUGAUAGGAGAGUGACGUCAGUAAAACAAAGCCAUGCGCGGUCGAUCGGAGCCGCGAAGCAGACCGAACGGACCGUACCGUCUCGCUGCCAAACAUUGGGCGUCCGCGAAACAGUGAGCUGGAUUUAGCGAGGUUUCUCCGGGGAAGGUAAAAUCGCGCGCGCGCGCGCGCGCGAGAGAGUACGCUUGUCUCUCUGGCGUCUUUCUCGCAGACGAUGCCGUUUAUAUCGAAGGAUUGGCGGAGUCCUGGCGAGGAAUGGGUGAAGACAGUCGAGGGUUGGGAAAAGAAAAAAAUUCUGGAGUGCGCCAACAAUAAAACGCUUUCUCUUCUACUCCGCAAUGGCGACAAGGAUGCGGCGGAGAAGAAGGAAAAGGACAAAAGGAAGGAGAACAUCGUCCAGCCGCAUUGCCACAUCACGCUCAAAUGCACGCGCGAGAUCGCGGGUUUCAACGGAUUGAGCGACGCGCUCAAACGGCUCGACUUCUUGUCCGCGGUGCACGAUUGUCGGCGCUUCAACUACAUCGUACGACUGUUGGAUCUAUUGGUCAGCCAUAGAAUGGGUGGUCUCAGUGGGUGCGCUCAGCGAGUCCUUUUCAACAUGCUGGAAGAAGUCGCGCUAGAAGUGUCGUUGUCGCAGCAACAAACUGGAAGGCUUCGGCGUUUGAUCGAAAGAGUGCGAGCUUUCAGCGCAGGCUGCUGUUGGGGAGGAAGACCUUUGGGUUCGGUAAUCUUGUGGGAGAAGCACAAAGCAGCUCUUGAGAGAAUCCUGCAAAUUGCCUCGUCGAUCACUAUAACUCAGCCGGACGAAAAACAGCAACCGCAGUGGUCCGACUUGCCCGCCGAAUGCCGCCGAGAGGUGCUUCUCCGGUUGAGUGAUCCGCGAGACAUCGAAGCUUCGUCCGAAGCCUGCGAACAUCUCGCUGUCCUGGCUCAGGAGCAAAGAAUCUGGCGAGAGCUCGCACAGUAUCACUUCACACCCCAACAAAUAACCACUACCAGACAAAACAAUCCUGGGAAAGACUGGAAAACAAUAUUCACCAUCGCUCGAAGGUCGUUCGGGCUGCGAGAAGAAUAUGCAGAGAUGAUUCAGUUGUGCCGCAAUUGCCGUUGCUUGUUUUGGCGAUCGUUGGGUCAUCCUUGUAUCGCUGACCAGGAUCCGGCAUUUCAAGAAAAAUUGGCGGAUGUCGAUCAAGCCUCCCUCCACGUUCCCAUUCCUCCGCAAACCUUUCUCAAGUUCUUUUCGCUGUGAACGCUUCGCACGCGCUCGUGUUUUAAACACGCGAUCAAUCACACACAAGCAUCGAAACCGUCCGCGACCGGUCAUUAUUCUUCGGCUGUACCGGCACGCGGCGCGUUAUCCAACUUCAGCUAAACAUACGCGAUCAAAACGCGUCACUCCUCGCCUAGAAACUCUAACGUCGUCGUUCAAACUUCCUAAUGUAUGUUCAAUUCUAACGGAUUAAUCCGAAGGCAGAAAUUGCACCAUCUUUUUCUUAUAUUUGUGUUUCAAGCUUUGACGUUCUACAAGCUACCAGAAUUCCGCAUACGUAAUUCUAACUUACACACUCAACAGUCAUCCGAUGAACUGUUUACAAAUGGGGCGUUCGAACUUCUAGGAGACGAGUGAACAGAUUAGAGCUUAUAAUAACGAAACGACAAUUAUUCAGUUGGUACUAAUCGAAAAACGUAUCGGCGCGUCUUCGAAUCUGCGCGACCGUUUGCGGAAUUCGUUUGGCCCUCCUUUCGGCAGCUGUUGUAGCGAUAGUUGGUUUCUACUUAGGUGAAUUUAAUUUCGAAUCUUUGCAUUUAUUUCGCACGAUAAUACGAGCUCUGUCUCGAGCAUUUUUACACUUACUUAUAUCCGUUUUUAUAUGUAGAUUCUAUGCGUAUACAUUCCGCGUGGAUGUUCGCUCGCCUUCUGUCCUCGUCAAAGACAGAGAUAAUUAUUUUUUCAAAUAGUCGGACAAAUUACGACGAGUGAAUUCUCUUCUAAUUUUCGAGUACAGUGUAACGUAUCUACGAAUCCAGCUACAUUCACGACAAUUAAAGACAAGAGCACGGAAACACGUGAACUCCGUCGUCGCACUGUGUAUGCUCCUUUAAACAAUGGAAGAAUUCCUAUCUCACGAUGCUUAGUAUACAUUUUUUAUUCUAUGUACUGAUUUAUGACGACGACUAUAAAACGUCAUCGGAUUUUCCAAGAUUUCGCAAAUACAGAAAGAACAAUGAUCGAUUAUUUUGGAACGUUGAAAAUUAUACUGCCAAAACGGAUGCUAUUGCAUAUAGACGAAUUGUAGCGUCUUCUGUAAAUUCUUUUCACAGAGGUACGGUAUAGUUCUUUUGAUAUUGCUUGUUUUCUUUUAACGGUAACAAUUACGAUCAUUGCACGCGUAUAUAUACAUUUUACUAAUCCGACGGAUUACUAAAAAGGGACGACCAAACGACAUUUGCGUUAUACGUGCAUACAUAUAUACAUAUUAUACAUAUGGUCUUCGGUGGCCGAAUGCAAUACGAGCUGUAGACAGGUGCAACCAUCUAGCAGUUCGUUGGACGCUGCAUCGUUUCAUGCACCGACCUGUGCUCUCUUGGAUCGACAUUAUUUUACUUACGUAAACAAUUGUAGAGCAGCGUUGUGUAAAAUGCUUUCAAAUAAAAAAAAUACUUGUAUAUAUACAUUAAAUU